CUAUUCCAUGCUUUUCGGAGAUAAUAGGAAGUAUUGGUAAUUUCUAAUUCAGUAAUAUAGAUUCUGCUUCUCAAAAGGUCAGUUUUUUGUUAUUGCCGAUACUUUAUCAAAGGGCCGUUCUUGGAUUGCUUUGGGACCAGAUAGGAAAAUUUCCGUUCCCUUUUCUAUUGUCCUGAUAUUAUGCGUCAUUCCAACAAUUUAUCUGUUUCGAUAUACUGAGUCAACCGGAAUGGCGAUAUUCAUAAUGCUUACCUACAUAAUUUGUACAACGAGCUAUUUCUAUACUUCCCUUUUGGAUCCCGGAAUUAUUCGCAGAGAAGAGGAUAAUUCCUUAGAGAACAAGCCGACCUUGGAGCCGCUUGGUUAUACUUUCUGUACGAUAUGUGGCCUUUACCGCCCUCCCCAUAGCUACCACUGCUCAUUUUGUAAUGUGUGUUAUCUAGAACACGACCAUCACUGCACCUUUAUGGGACAAUGUGUAGCGAAAAACAACAAAGUUUCUUUUUACAUUUUUCUUGCUUCCUUACUGAUUUACCUAAUUUUAUCAGAGGUGUGUGCCAUGAGCAUGCUUUCAAUACGACAUUCGGCUUCGGCACGAAAUUUCUCGAUUCUUGUAGCCUUUAUGCGAAAUAUGUUUAAGAACUCUCGCCAUCUGCGAAACUGA